AUGAACAAGGAGAAGGUGGGGCGUCGGUUGGACCUCGUCGGUGGCUCCGCGGGAUCCAUCAUAAGCGUGGCGACGUGGUGUGCGUUGCAGGCCUCUAGCGCCGAUAUUAUUUUGGCUGCCAUCGAUGAGAGGAUGCGGAGCGCGUCCACGAGGAGCGAGACGCGGUGCGCACUACUCAACGUCAUCCAUGAGCUCCUCCUUACGUGCGUCGCCAACGGCGUUCCAGAGGCGGGGAAGCGGAGUGUCCUGAUGGCGGUCAGUAAAACCCUUCCGGGCGCGGUGCAGGCGGUGCGUGCGCUCGGCGGGGCAGACGCCGAGGCGUUUGAACAAAAUUUGGUGAAGGUGGUAUCGUGGUGGGCCAUCCUGAAUGUUUUUCCACGUACGUGGAUUGCCCAGCUCGGCGUGAAGAAGGAGACGGAGCAGCCUAGUGACGCGACAGGGGGGGCCUCCAUGCCGGGGCAGCUCUCCUACAUUGCAAGCCUGAUGUCAAGCUACAACGAGGUGAAGGAGGAGUGUCUUCGCCUGUCACACACCUCACCGGAAAGAGCUGCGGCUGUUCGGGAGGAGGCGUUGCAGCAGCUUGCGAAGCUUAGGGAGGUUGUUCAUUGCAAACUGGACGGCGGGGCGUCCCUCGUUGCGUGGCUAGAUGCAGAGCGGGGCGCGCUAGAAGGAAACGUGCAGAACAUGCCCUCCUCUGUGGCAGGGCAAAAGGAGGAAGAUGACGUUCUUGGCUCUUUCUUUUAA